AUGUCGGGUCCCUUCUACCACCAGCGCACCUCCCUCAGCUCGUCGCGAUCCUCGCUGCCGAGCAUGCAGGCCAUGCCGUACGUAACGCAGUACGGCGACGCCUACAACCCGGCGGCCCUGCCCAAGGGCCCGCUCCGCGUCCCGCAGAAGCAUCAGCGCCGCAGCACCGGCCCCAGCACGUACCCGCCGCCGUACGUCUCCUCGGACGCGAGCACCGGUCACAUCACGCCCGAGUCGCGGCCGUCGGGCGGUCCCGAGGCGGGGAAGGAGGUCGCCGCCGCGGACGAGUCGGGCGGUUCGUCGGACAGGACGGAGGUGCCGCCGCCGGAGGCGGCUCAGGGGAAUAACGGCGGCGGCCGGCAUGACGAAAAGGCGUGGUUUGCUCACCGGAAGCGAUCGUGCCGGUUCUUGGUCGUUGUCGGUGUCAUCACGGCCAUUAUUGUCGGCCUUGCUGUGGGCUUGGCUGUCGGUCUCAGAAAGAGGGGAAGCACGUCCGGAAAGAACUCAAGCUCCAACUACAAGUUCCCCGCCGGCUCCUACACGUUCGACACGUCUCUCAAGAGUGAGGACCAGGACUGCACGUCGCGGGCCAGCACAUGGCGAUGCGACGCUCAGGCAAAGGGAAACACAACGACUUUGUACUGGAACAUCAAGUCCCUGAGCCCAGACACGUACACGGUAUCCUCGGCGCCCUCCUCCUCCAAGGACGGCAGCGACAACUCGCUGGCCCUCCCGUCCUUCAGCAACCUCAAGAUGCGCCUCGUCGACGCCAACCAGCCGACGGAGCGGCUCGUCUUCUCCAUGCCCGUCAACAAGACGGUCGUGCCCUCGGACGGCGGCACGUCGCUCAACCGCGCCGCCAAGUGCACCUACGCCGACGUCGAGGUCGAGGCCACGCUGUACACGCGCCGGCGCGGCGGCAAGAGCUUCGACGCCCCGGCCGACGCGGGCGGUAGCGACGACGGGGCUGUCGCUUGGCCUGGGGACAUCGAGGUCUCGCAGCUCAUGAACUCGACCAUUGGGCAGCCGACGUGCGAGGACUCGACCGGCCGCCAGAUUGCCGACGUGCAGGCAGCGUCGGGGACGUGUGCAUGCAUGUACUCGAACGCGAAGUGA